AUGUCGACUCGCAACGGGCCGCGCGGUGGCACGCCGCGUCGCUCCCCACGCAUCAGCGGUCGAUCCGAAACGCCCGGCAGCCGACCUCUCUCGCCCGAACUCAACGAGCAAAUGACACCGAGACGAGGCCGCCGAACGCUCGCUGUCCCCUCCCUCGCAAGCAGCUCCAACAUCAUCAGCAUCAAGCAGGAAGACGCUCCGGCCAGCUACUACCUCCGCGAAGAGUCCGAGCCAUCAUACCGGUCCGCUCUUCUUCGUGGCGACCAGCGCAGCUUCAACGACAGCCGCGAGGCUAAUGGCUCGCACAGCGUUUCCAUGUCCAUAUUCUCCAGCGAGGGCGAUCUGACGGAUAAUUAUCAGCAGGAGGAGCGGGAGGCAGCGCGCAUCGACGCCGAGCAACAGCAGAGACCUGUUUCGAGGGCCACUGUGACGAGGAGGGUGUCCGGUCAGCGCAAGGGUCGAACCUCGGCGGACAAUCUGCCGUACAGACCGAACGGCGAUGAAGAGGAGGACGAUGAUGAUGAUGUUGGAUCGCCAUCACGAGCGAGGAGGAAGGGCCGCAACUCCAACUCCAUCUCAGCGAGAUUGCAGGGCAAGAUCGACAACCAAACCUGGAUGACGGGCGUCAAGAGGAAGGGUCGCAGGAAGAGCGUCAACGGCAUGCCCGGCGAGCUCGACGAUGAUGACAGCCGCGAGACCAACGAGGAUGAGGACGCAGAGGCGGCCAGCGGCAAGGAAACCCGCUUCGAUGGCGUCUCGGACUCGGAACCGGUCGACGACCAGGACGACAUCCAGGAGGUUGCGCUCGGGAAUCAUAUCCUCUCCACCAAGCAGGCCCAGCAUCCAGAGGGACCGUCCGCCCUCACCCGACUCUUCUCCGCACUCGCAUCGAUCUUCUACAACCUCGCCGUCGGGGUCUGGAACGGCGUCCGCGGCUUGACGGGCCUCUCCAGCCUGCUCAAGUGGGGGCUCGGCCUCCUUGCAGUCUACCUCGUCAGUCAGCUGCUCAAUCAUGGCGUGUCCCGCCCCUACCUUUCAUCCGACGACCUCCCCGGUCAUCCCUCUCUCGGCGCAGAAAACGCACGUCUUCGCUCGGACCUCGCUCGCCUCACCUCGCGACUCGACUCGCUCUCCGCCUCGAUCGACUCUCACAUCUCCACCUCGCUCUCGUCGGUUGCCUCGUCCAUCCGAUCGGAAGCCGAGGCGCGGCACACGUCCGAGCUUUCGCGUCUCACCGCCUCCACCAAACGCUCCAUCGCCCGGCUCGCACAGGAAGAGCUCAAGUCCAUCCAAGAAUCCGUCUCCUCCUCGGUGGAGCUCAUGCUGCGCGAUCUUGACAAAAAAGUGCACACCCAACUGGCGUCGCGGGCAGACGAUACGGAGGGGAAAUUCCUUGCGCGACUCGAGCGCGAGGUGUCCAAGAUCACCCGCUACGCGAAUGACGAGGUGAACACGCGGUUGGGUCAAGCGUUUGAUUCGACAUUUUUGGGCGAGAUGAUCGAUAGUAAGCUCGAGAGGUUUGCGAGGGAUCGAACGGGGAAGGUGGAUUGGAUGGCGACGACGAGUGGUGCCUGGGUAAGCGAGGUGGGUACGGAGCAUAGGGGGUGGAGGUUGAACAGCGUUUGGAACGUGGGGCGGUUUUUGGCCGAGGGGAGACGGGUGCCGAUCGGUGAGCCGGUCAAGGCGAUCACUCCGGGUGCAGGAUUGGACGGGGGAAACUGCUGGAUGACGGGGUGGGGGAGUUUGUUGCAGGUGAAUCUGGCCGAGCCAAAGGUGAUUGAGGAGGUGGUGGUGGAGCAUGCGUUGCCGGGGAUGGCGCGUACCGCACCCCGAAGGAUCCUCGUCUGGGGAAUGGUGGAUGAGGGCGAUCGACAGUUCUAUCAGCAGUACCGCCGAUCCAAAGCGGGGAGCCAGGAGGAGUACCUGCGCAGCGUCCUGCCGGAAACCCACUUCAGAGCCAUCCCGCAGGAGUACAAGGACGACGCACCGCUGCUCCUCGCACACUUCGAGUUCAAAGCCGACGGAUCGACACUGCAGACGUUCAAUUUGACGGAAGAGGCGCAGGUGUACCCGUUCGGAGUGCACGCGGUCAGGUGGCAGUUCAUCGAUGGAUCGGCCAAGAACCCGCCCAUCUGCGUGCAUAGGGUCAGGGUGCACGGCUCCGACUGGCCUGUCUUCGCCGACAAGCUGGCCGAUUGA